AUGCCCAAUUCCGCCGACUCUGCCCAGGUCAAGUUCCAGACGAAGAUCGUCAACUGGUCACUAGACUACUCGUCCAAUGAUUCAGAAAGCAAGAUCACCACGCCCAUAUUGCUUCAGGACGUAAAUGGUCCCUGUCCGCUCAUCGCUAUGGUCAACUCGCUUCUUCUCAACUACGAAAUCCAAAUCCGUAACUUGUCUCUCCAGGGAAAAUCAGCGACCGGCAAUGCCAAACUUGAAGGUGUUGCUGACUUUAAGAAAGUGUUGAACACCUGCCACAAGAAUUUUGGCUCGAUAGAGCUUAACAAAGUACUCAGCCAAAUAGGCGAUCUUUUGCUAAUUUAUAAAGAAGAUAAGGCCUUGAAUGUAGAAAUUGAUAAACUUCUCAAUGCCUUGCCACUGCUUCAUACGGGGCUUCUGGUCAACCCUAAUUUGACUAAUGGCGACUUUGCCAAAGAGGAUUUGGCAUCUGUGUUGUUUGACGUGUUUGAAUUGAAGUUCAAGCACGGAUGGGUCAUUAACCAGAUUGAAAACGAAAAUGCCGAUCUGUGGGGACAUGACAAGCCUACAGAUGUGGUUGUUGACAAUGACGAGUAUCCUAAGGAAGAUGAGUAUUCACAAUUAGUAGAAUUGGUGUAUAAGCUACAGACCUUUGACCAGAUCCAAGAUUUUUUGCUUACUGAAGAACUGGCUGAGUCAGGCCAGAACAACCUCCAGUUAGCCAACAACAAGGCAUUGAUAAACAAGUGGAUCGAUUUAAACAGAACUCAGUUGACAAAAAUAGGCUUGAACAGACUUAACUAUGAGUUGAAUGAGGAAGAGUUUAUAAUCUUUUUCCGUAACAACCAUUUCAAUACUCUCUUCAAGAAGGCAGAUCUGGAGUUCUACUUGCUCAUUACUGAUUCUUCAUUCCAGGAUAAGUCGAAUCUCAUUAUCUGGCAAUCGUUCAACUCUAUUAGUGGCAAGGACGACUUGUUUUUUGAUGGAGACUUUCUUCCUAUUCUUGAUAUCGACCAAGACUUGCCCCCAGGCGCAUCUGGCAUCGAUGGAAGCGACUACUUGCUUGUAAAACAGCUCCAGGAGGAGGAGGACGCCGCCAUGGCGAAAGAGAUGCAACAGAACUAUAAUAGAAAAGCAAAG